AUGGCGGCCGUGAUGGUGCGCGAGGUGUUGUACAUGUACAGCGUCGUGCGGCAGGCGUACGAGCGGCUCCUGUCCAUGUGCGGCAGCCCGGAGAAGGCCCAGAACGCGGUGGCGCUGCUGGUGUGGCUGGACCAGGACACCAUCUCCGCCAUCCACUUCGUCCCAGCCAUCGGCCCCGACGUAGUCGCCGUCGUGGCUGAAGAGGCCAACGCCAUCCUCAAGUGCUUCCGCCACCAGUUGCCCAUGCUCCCGCCCAUCCCGCUCAUCUCUGCGCUCUGCAUGCAAGGCGGUGUCUGCAUCGACCCGGGCUUCUUCGCCUUCCACCAGGACCUCGUCGUCCGCAGCGUCCCCCACUUCCUCGACGGUGCCGGUAAGAAGUGGGGUGACUUCGUGGUAAGGGUGCUCAUGGAGAAGACGAAGGGGGGCCUCAUGCCCAUGUACGGCCGGAUCAUCUUCAAGACGGAGGCGAUAGUGAAGCUGGUGCUCAAUGGUGAGCGGCUCGUCAAGAUCUCCAUCGGGCAUCGUCAGAUCUGGCUCCGCAAGUAUGUCCCCAGGCCAACCAAGGCCACUGUCUGA